CCCUCGCAUUAACGGAUAUUGAUUUCAGCACUGCAGGGAGAGGAACAGCCGCCCCGGGAGUGACAGACCGAACCCAGCGCCAGGGACCAGGUCUCCAGUCCGGAUGGCAUGAUAUGAUGUCUAACAAACUGGCUGUCAAGUGUGGGAACUUUGCUGUUCUGGUGGAUCUUCAUGUUUUGCCUCAAGGCACCAGUAAAGACUCCAGCUGGUUUUCUGACCAUGAGAAGGAGGAAGUUUGUCUGUUACUUAAAGACACAAUUGAUACCAGAGUGAAGCAUCACAUUGAAAGCCGAAGACAGCAGGGCCAAGUAAAAAACAAGGAAUAUACACAGACCAGUCCACUGUUUCUGAAAGGAACUCGUUUGCGGAUUGCAGCUUAUUUUAUUAAGAGAUGGGUUAACCUUCGCUGUGUCGUGCAACAUCAGUAUCGAGAACUGCAUGUGUUUCCGGACAGAAUUGUGGUCUGCGUAAGUCAACUUGAGCCUCAUUCCAACACGUGGGCAGCUGAGACCAUUAAACCUUCCAGUUUGAAAGAGUCCUCCAGCGGAAGGUCCGAAUAUUUUGCUGAGCGCAGUGAAUGUCAAAUAAACAACAUAUUAUCCGUCAUGCUGAAGAAGCAAGCUGUGCUGAAAAACAUAGUAAAGAAGACAAAAGCAACGAAAGAUUCCAGUCCCGAAUCCGGUAGGGACUGUAAAGCGUGCCCUCGCCUUGGGCUAGCGGACUCUGACAAAGGAAGCAAGAUUAAUGCACAAUCUGAACCACAGUGUAGGAGUCUGGAUCAAGCAGAAGAUUGCGUAAAUACCAGGCAGGACAACUUGGAGCUUCCUGAUGCUAAAGUGGAAAAUGAUGUUAAUAGCAGACAGCCCUGCAGGACUAGCAGCCAGCACAAACCCCAAUCUGCAGAGUGGUUACAGGCACAGGACCCGACCAAUGCUCUUUCCUGGAUCUGUGAGUCAGCGCUGCCAGUAGAAAAACAAACUCCGCGAACAAGUAUUAUGCAACAGAAGAGGAGACGACACAGCUCGGAAGGGAACUCUACAUUCAGCUGUAAGAAAGCAGACUUAAGGGAUGAUACGUUCAUAAGGCCAACUGAAAAGCCUGUAGAGCCUUUAUCUUCAAGGAGCCUUAACCUGCAGACCUCCUCCGCAGGUGAUCCAGGAGCAUCAGUGGAACAAACAGCAGUCCCAGUUAAACAUUAUGCUGUCUCUGGUGACAACAAGUCAUUAAACAGCACACGUGAAGAGAAGAACCAUGACAAAGGCAGAAAACCUCCAGAUGGCCAGACUAGAAAAUUAAAACUUCAGAGGCCAAAAAAGUUGCAUUGAUUGUGUUUUACAUUCAUGAGUGGAACUUUAAAGUGGUUCUGUACUUAGAAAAUUGAGUCCUGGUGGCUCCAGCUAUAAAAAAAAAAGACACCGGUGCUGGUUCCACCUCGUAUUACCUAUGUUAUAGAAUGGGAGCAAAAGUACUGUAUAUUGGAGAGUUGCACCCUGUCCUAGUUAUCCUCCUAAUUAUCACAGCAAGGCUGUCAUCGACAUCAAUGAGCAUUUCCCUUAAAGGCUAUAUCCACAUUUGCAACCAAUUAUUUUUUUCAUGGUCCUAAGAAAUGAUUGAUGAAACAAUUUUGUAGUGGAUCGUAAAGGGAAUCUGCCACCACAAUUCUGGACUAUUAUCUAUAGUGUUGAGCAAAGCAAGCUUCGGAUUCUUCAUCCGAAGUCGCUUCAUUCAAAAUGUCGGAAUAAUACUGUACAGAGAUCCGUCUCCGUACAGUAUUAAAAUGUUUGGGCUCUGAUGAGCCGAAGUUAGUCAUUUACGAGGUCGCGCGUGACUUCGUUAAAUAACUUCGGUAAUUGAUUUUUAAAGUGGAAAACCACUUUAAAACUUGAAACCGAACUCUGCUUC